CAGAUUAUGGAGGUUCUUAACAUUAACACGAAGAAACCUCCAUGAGAAUAUAGAUAAACAAUCAACGGUAGGUAGACACAUAGGAUGAUAUACCAACAUCAGAUUGGAUAGCAUAGAUGCUAAGCUUGUUGGUUCAAGUACAGUGCAGGCCAAGAAAAUGUGAAAUAUUCCCUAUGGCUGAGAGAGGACCGAAGCGACAGGGAGGUCAAGCCAGGGAAUGCCUUUCAUUACCUUUCCCACAAAACUCAAAAUCAAUUCCGACCUCACUUUAACAUCUCAUCCAACGUGUCUUCGCACGCGCAGUACUUCCCUCCCCCAACAGUUGCCUGGCAGGCAUGACAAUGAUAUCGCUGAGGUAGAGGCAAGCCUGAGAGAUCGGAUACUCGACGCAACGGAGAUUAUGAGAGACCUUGACCUCAAUUCAACAGAAUGCGAGCUGAAUCGUAAGGCGCGAGUUAAUGCUGGCAAAGCUGUUAUGAUUAUUCCAGAAGAGGCGGAAUACCCGAUCCUCAUCCUGCGCAACCCCGACCGACUGUUCACUUAUCUGCAUUAUUCACUCGGCAUCAAUUUUUCAAAGGAGAUGUUGCAUUUCGACACGUUCCGAUUCUACACCAUCCCCAAUCUCCAGACUGGAUCCCCGCCAACGGUGCAAAAUCGAUCUUGGCAUUCUGGCCGGCAGACUCUAUCUCAAAGUUUGGGGACUAUGGCGAUAUUCUUGGGAACUACACAACGUGAGAAGGUUCCAGCUAAAUUCCUAGAAGAAUGGUUCGGAUUGACGCGCAAAGGCCAGGACUUUUCUUCCACGCCCCUGGGCUUUAUUGCUAAGGUCGAAAUUUGGGUCGGGACUAUCCGUUCUGCACACCAAGCACCACCAUACGAUCCGACACCCAUGACGAAGCGACGAUUCUACCUGUUCAAGUCGCAGACUGUGUCGAUGAUAGAGACGCAGACCAAGUUGGUGAUAUUGGUGACAUCAGUCAUAUUGAUAAUGAGGUAGUGACAUGAUUAUGACGCUUGUGUCGGCAUGACACUUUCCCUCAAUGCUGUGGCAUUGAUGUGGGUUUGAAG